AUGGUGAUGGGGGUCGCCUCCCUCCUCCCUCCCCUCGACGCCCUCCAUGGCAGCUGGAGGUGGGCAGGUCUGGCAAGGCAGUGUGCACCGAAUGCCAUGGGCGCAAGUCGGAAGCUGCAGGGCGAGAUCGACCGCGUGCUCAAGAAGGUCCAGGAGGGUGUCGACGUCUUCGACAGCAUCUGGAACAAGGUCUACGACACCGCGAAUGCGAACCAGAAGGAAAAGUUCGAGGCGGACCUCAAGAAGGAGAUCAAGAAGCUGCAGCACUACCGCGACCAGAUCAAGACCUGGAUCCAGUCCAGCGAGAUCAAGGACAAGAAGAUGGAGCAGGAGCCCUCCAUGGAUGACAUCGACGAGGAGGAAAUCGACUCCCCAAACAAGCCGGCCAAGUCGGGUGGAGGCAAGCAGAAGAAGUGGAGCAAGGGCAAGCAAAAGGAGAAGGUGAACAACACGGUGAUCCUCGACCAGGCCCCCUACGACAAGCUGCUCACCAAGGUGCCCAAGUACAAGCAGAUCACGCCCUCCGUCCUGUCCGAGCGACUCAGGAUCAACGGGUCGCUGGCUCUCAGGGCCAUCAAGGACCUAAUGGAGAGGGGACUCAUCAGGAUGGUGUCAAUCUAG